AGCAAUUCCACCCACUUAAUAAGUAUGAAACAAAUAAUCCUCAGGAGUGACAUUGUGCCAAGGAAACUGGUGGAAGUACGUUAUAUUUUUAAUCUACUACCAAGACAAAGCAAGAUGAGUUACUAGCUAAUAACUCAAGAAUAGGGUUAGUUACAUCAUUCUCUUUGCAGUCUGCCUUGGUUAAAUAUGUUUUUCUAAUUAUAAAAAUUACACAUACAACAUAGUAUAUGCACGAUAUCUAGUACAAGUUGUGAGAAAAAUGUUUUCAGAGAACUUAUAUAGCUCCAUGCCAAGACGGAGAGGAAGACCUCGCAAAACAAGUGAAGUUGUAAAGGAUGCAGAUGAAGAAGAACAUAAAGUGGAAAAGGAAGAUGAUAUAUUCAAGCAAGAAGCUGAAGGUCAAAGUGCUGCUGUCAGGGCUAUUCGUGAUGUGGAGAUUGAACACCUACGAAAUAUGUUGCGAUUGCUGCGAUCUAAAUUUAGUAAUGAACAGCUGCAAGUUCCGGUCAUGCAAUUUUUUGAGGAAAAUUUUCCAAACCUGGCUAUUGUAAGCAAUAAGAAAAAUGGUCAGUAUGAAGUGCAGUGGAAAGACAACGAUGUCAAUUUAAGCAUGGAGCAGUUUGACGGACGGAAUCUACAUGCUUCUCUUCUUCAUAACCUGUCCAUGGCGUACCCUGAUUGCUCCAGUGCCAUGCCGUCAUUUGGUGGUUUUGAAUUCUCAAAUAAAUCUGUUAAAACAACCCUCUGUGGUGUCGAAAACCUCCAGAUCAAGGGAUUUGUCUUGGACGAGCCAUCUGACACCCAAAUGCUUGAUCUGCCGGAUACUCUUCAGACACCUGGUGCAAGUAAUAACAGACUGUCUGUUGGGAUGACUCCCAAAACUUUAAGGUUGCCUAAGCCUGGGGAAAUGCUUCUAUCUGUCCACGGCUCUCCUCUCGGUGUUUUCAAGGAAGACAACAUGGAAGCUAUACAUGAAUCUGGAGAUGGUAACUGCUCCGAGUAAUCUGUUAGCGUAGGGGUAAAAGAUACCGUUCAUCUGAUUGUAAUGUUUGAAAUUAGUAUUCAAGGCUAACCCGUGCUCUUAAUUUUGAGAGCCCUUUGCCAUCCUCUUUUUGGUUUGUUCCAGCCCUUUUUCUCUAUUUCCUUUCCCCUUUCCUUUGUUAGGCUAGAGGUUGGCAGGGUUCUGACUAUUUUCUGUAGGUUAUGAAGCUGGAAAAGUGAUGCUUUUUGUAAAUAGUUUUGUAAGAGUAACAAGAAUUUUAAUGUUUAGAGACGGUCAUGUUCUUAAAUAUUGUGUUAAGUGUUA